AUGCAGGCUGAACUGAUGCGAGAAAUCAAGGACAAAACGGGGGCUUUCAACCGAGCUCUGGAUGAACGGCAUAAUAACCAGGGAAGUCGGGAAAGUGUGACCGAAUCUGUGCUCGAGUUGAUUAACGUGGUUUGGCCGUUGUCGGCACAAGAAGGGCAUGAUUCGACCGAACUUCGCCAAGUUAUCCGUUAUGUCUCGAACCAACUUCGCCCCGGUGACGACGACGAGUUGCUGCCAUCCCGCUCGGAUCCCUCGCCUACAUGCAAUAGCGUUGAUGUGCCGUCGCCCCCUUAUUCACUAUAUGUAGAGAGAGAUGGCGCGGAGCGCACGACCGCACGCGCAAAAAGCCCUCUAAAUCGAGUGGAUGGUCUUCUGACGGGCCAAGUAGAGACAGAUCUCCUGAACAUGGCUGUUUCACCUAGCGACCUUGCCGCUAUUUUUCCAGAAGACUUCUAUGGGGACAUGUUAAACAAUGAUAUGGAAUUGGCUCCUCAAAUCUCUCAAUCUCAGGGUUUCGAGACAUCGAUGGCAAUGGUUGACACUAUGGAAGACUCGGGUCUGCACUCACUUACGCCAGGAGAUGAUUCUUCGCUGCCAUCACAGUUGACUCCUCAAUUGGAUACCAGUACGAGCGUGGACUUACAACCAUAUACGUCGACUGAGUUCUGGGAGGCAUGGUUGGCUGAGUUAGUUCCAAUGGCCUGUCCUGACUCUCCCGCAGGUCUAGGGGCUCCCAUUGCAACCCCAAGCAAUGACCUUUACCACAACUUGAAUGGGCUGGUGCCUGUGACACCUGAUCUGCAUGAUCAUCUUGAUGAGAGCGAGGUUCCCGCAGGACUAUUUGUUUCCAGUACCCCAACGUCAACCAGCAUUGCGAUCAAUGUGGACGACAUUGCCACCGGCCUAGAGAACAAGGAUUCAGAGCCCAAAGUGAUUGAGCAGAUAUUCAGAUUGGAUAGCUUUCCCGCAUAG